AAUUGGCCCUUUAGAGGAGAAGGCGGCCAACGACGGCGGGCACUCCGAACGGCCAUUGGCCGGCAGGCGGGCCGGCGUCGGCGCGCGCGUUCGAACUGGUGCGUGGCGGCGUUGCCAUGGGGACGUGGCCUGGCCGGCCCGGGAGGCUAGUUGACCGGACCCUCAGGUAGCCCGGCCUUAGGGCUUUCUCCCGGCGGCGUUAAUUCUCUUGCCCGCCGAGGAAGCUGACUGAGGAGGAGGCCGUCAGGCCCUGAGGUAGCUAUCUGUUAUGUUGACAGAUAAAUGGUUCUGCCCAGGAACACUCCUUUAAUCCCAGCACUCUGGAGGCAGAGAGUUCGUCUAAAGCUGGUCAGGAAAUGGCAUCCUGGUUGUAUGAGUGUCUUUGUGAAGCUGAGCUUGCACAGUAUUAUCCUCAUUUUACUGCACUUGGCCUUCAGGAAAUUGAUGACUUAGCCAAAGUCACAAUGAAGGACUACUCCAGAUUGGGGGUCCAUGGCAUGAGCGACCGCAAACGUCUUUUCCAACUUAUCGAAAUCGUUAAGACUAUGCAGGAGGAAGACAAAGCUGUCAGUAGCCCAGAGCACCCUCUUCAGGGAAGCAGCCUAUACACUAAACCUCAGGAAUUCAGAUCGGGCCCCCGAAGACAACUGCACUUUGAUUCUCCUGCUGACAGCAAAGACAGAAUGGCCAGCAAUGAAAUGUGCAGUUUAUCAGACUUGUCUGUAGAUGAGCAGAAGUCCACUUACCUGAAAGUACUGGGACACGCGCUAUCAGAUGACUCCCAGUGCCAGCAAAAGCUGAGACCCUCGAGUGCUUCUGCUGCUGAUGCUUGUAUGCAGACGGAAACUAGCUGUGCUCUCUUUUCAUCAGAUUACUUUUCUCCCAAACUAGGAAAUUGUGAUAGUCCCGUUAUUCAAAGAGUCUUGCCUGUUCCAGGGUAUAACUAUGGAAUCCCUCAUUCCUCUGCCAGACAGAUCACCUCAGAAAAUCCUUGGACCGAAAUGGAGAAAAUCAGAGUUUGUGUUCGAAAACGGCCUUUAGGUGUAAGGGAAAUACGUCGUGGGGAAGUCAAUGUCAUUACUGUAGAAGAUAAAGAAACUCUCCUUGUACAUGAGAAAAAAGAAGCUGUUGACCUCACACAAUAUAUUCUUCAGCAUGUUUUUUAUUUUGAUGAAGUCUUCGGUGAGGCAUGCAACAAUCAAGAUGUAUACCUGAAGACUGCUCACCCACUCAUUCAGCAUAUUUUCAACGGAGGCAAUGCCACUUGCUUCGCAUAUGGACAGACAGGUGCUGGGAAAACCUAUACCAUGAUAGGAACUCACCAAAACCCGGGAUUGUAUGCUCUGGCUGCCAGAGAUAUCUUUAGGCAGCUCAGAGUGUCCCAGUCAAGAAGGAACCUGUUUGUGUGGAUCAGCUUCUACGAGAUCUACUGUGGACAACUGUAUGACCUCCUGAAUAGAAGAAAACGCCUCUUCGCAAGAGAAGAUAGCAAGCAUGUGGUGCAGAUAGCUGGCCUUCAAGAGCUCCAGGUGGAUAGUGUGGAGCCCCUCUUACAGGUGAUCUUAAAGGGCAGUAAGGAACGCAGCACUGGGGCCACUGGCGUCAACGCAGACUCCUCCCGCUCCCAUGCUAUCAUACAAAUCCAGAUCAAAGAUUCAGCCAAGAGCACAUUUGGCAGGAUCUCUUUCAUUGAUUUGGCUGGGAGUGAGAGAGCAGCAGAUGCCAGGGACUCAGACCGACAGACCAAGAUGGAAGGCGCAGAAAUAAACCAGAGUCUUUUGGCUCUGAAAGAAUGUAUCCGAGCAUUGGACCAGGAACAUACCCAUACACCUUUCAGGCAGAGCAAACUGACUCAGGUCCUGAAGGACUCUUUCAUUGGCAAUGCCAAAACUUGCAUGAUCGCCAACAUCUCACCAAGUCACAUUGCCACGGAGUAUACAUUAAAUACCUUGCGCUAUGCUGACCGGGUGAAGGAACUAAAGAAAGGUGUCAAGUGUGCUUCAGCUGCCAGUCAAAAUCUGACAUCUGGAAACUCUUCUCCAAAACGAAUUCAGAGCUUCCCUGUUGCCCUGGCAGGGGACAAGUGCUCCCCCAAAAAAGUUAAACUGGGGCUUCAUGUGGUCCCAGGCCCUACAAGAGUUAAAGCCCAACCUUUGGCCAGCCAUGCUGCCAACAUCCCCUUCACCUCUGGGCCUAAAACUCCUGGUAAAUGGAGUAGCUCCCGAGGAAGGCCCACCCCAGAGUGGGACAUGAAGGCUAGCCCUUGCAAAGGGGCCAUGAGAUCUGGCCUUUUAAUCAAAAAGGAAGCAGAGUCAGGACCCUUGUGCUCUGAGAAAAGUCACAUUGGCAACAAGAUUGCUGUUGGGUGGGAGGGCAGGGCCUCCAGGCCAAGAGAAGGCCUGCUGCAUGCCAGGCCGCCCACCAGAGGGAAGAAGGUACAGGCAGUGCAGCCAGUGCAGAAGCAGCUACUCUCCCGAGCGCGGCUCCUUGGCAACAGCCACCACUUAGUAGCCAGUCAGGACAGCAAGGUGGGUGCACCUGCCAGGCUUGCCCCUGAAGCUUGGACAAAUCCCUUUCCCCAGCAGAAGGAAAGGGAAGAACAUUUGCGAUUUUACCACCAGCAGUUCCAGCAGCCACCCCUCCUCAAGCAGAAGCUAAAAUACCAACCACUGGAAAGGCUUUUAUGCCAGCAUAGGGGGCCCUCAGAAGGUCGGCUCCAAAACGAGACUGGUGCUCCACUCCACUCUAAUCUUGAGAGUCAUCCUGCAGCCCCGGCUGAGGAUCUUGAUGAUAGUGAUUUCAGUGAGGACUCGUUUUCACAUGUCUCCACUCAGCCAACCAUGAAGCAGAAAAGCAACUUGGAGAAGAAUUCCUUUUUCCUUCAUCAGGACAGGGAGCACAGCCUUGAGGAAAAGGAGGCUGAAAGGCAAUGUUUGCUUUUCAGCUCUAAAAUGGAUGGUGAUGAGAAGAGGUCAGCUGACAGUUGGGUGUAUUCCAAGGGCCCCAUCAUCAGCCACAGAAGAGGUGCACUCAGUCAAAGCCACAGUCCAAGUAUGGUGUGCUCAGACUGCAGUCAGGAGAAAGACUGUGCCUCCACAGGGCCUUCUCCCAAGGACAAGUGGGCCCAGAAACCUUCCUCUGCACAGGAAGAUUUUGUGCAUCACCAAGAAACAGGUGAAGCUCAAGCCUUUGACAUGAGACUGGAGGGCUUCAGAAGCGAGGUUCCUGGACAGACUGAGGGCAGCUUGCCAUCUCCAGAAAAUGGGCUCUCUUUCCCAUUAUCCCACAUGGCAGUUUCAGGAUCCCCAGAGUCUCCACGACGAGACAGGAUCUCCACACCACUGAGAGAGGCCAGUGAAGACAGAGUGACUCAGACUCCAGGAACAGCGAACAGCAGUGCUCCUUUCCAAGAAGACUCUAGAGAGCACGUACAUAGGUAUUCUGCAAAUGCUUCUGGACUCAUGGCUCCUCUCACUGUGUCCCUCCUGGAGACUCCCAAUCCUGAGGACCCAUCUUCCUUGGAGCAGGAUAGAGCUAACUGUGGUCUCAUGGCUGAGAUCAUAGGAGGGCCUGCAGUGGGACACACAGUGUCAUCUUACAAUCAAGAGGCUACCUUGCCAGUGUCUUCAGUAACUGCACGCCUGUGGCUGUCCUCAUCUCCCCCUGACAAUCGGCCUAGUGGUGAUCUUCCAGCUCUGUCCCCGUCACCAAUCCAUCAGCAUUCACCUGACAAACCACCCAAUAGGGAGGCCUGCCAGAGCAGAAGACAUGCACUCUUGGUCCAGAAUCACGUGGGUGGUGAGCCAUAUGAUGACAAUGCUGAAGAGACUGAACCGGGGGCCUCCUUGGCAUUCCCAAGAAAGCCCUUCUCCAUCAUACAUGCUGGAGUUGGCCAUUCCUGGACCCAGGAGAGAAAGCAUCCUACAGGGGUUAGUUGGCAGGAGCUUGUUUCCACCACAGACUCCAUCAAGCCCUGUUACAGUGAGGACGUCUCGUGGCUCAAGAGCAGGCCAAUCUCCGGGUGUUUAGACUCAGACUCUCCUUUUGUCUCCAGCUGUUCUCUCAAGGCGUCGGGGUCACUUUGUCCACUCACACCGGAGCAGGCACAGCAGGUGAUCAUCCGUGCACACCAAGAACAGCUGGAUGAAAUGGCUAAGCUGGACUUCAAGGAGGAGACCUUAAUGACCCAGAUGGAUUCUCAUGAUUUUGAAGAUUUUGUGACCCAGCUGGAUGAAAUCAUGGCUUUGAAGUCCAACUGCAUCAAGAGCCUGAGAAGCCAGCUGCAGCUCUUCCUCACCAGCCGCAGGCCUGCUGCAUCCUCUGACAGACCUGUGGUAUCUUAGAGGAAGGCCUCACUCUGGGGACACUACUGUGCUCUCUGGAGCUGAAAGAGGCUCUGCCAGGGCCUUCCUACAAACAGCCACUCCCUGGUCUCACCCUAGCCAUCCAUGGCCUUGGGUGGUCCCUGUACGUGGGGACUACCCUCAUCAUCAGUCAGUUCCACCACAGGGACACCUGCACAAAAGGACCAGGCUGCAGACCUUCGUGUCUCCUUCUAUCUGGGGCUUUGCUAAGCUGUGUCUGUGGGAACAUUCUUGGUGUAAUGACUCUGUACAUGUUCCUAAGUGGUAACCUGAGAGCAGAGAUCAGGGACCACACCAGCCUUUAUUGCUUCCAUGUAUGCCUUUCUGUAUUCAGAUGAGCUCCUCCCCUGCAGAGAGUGGAGAUUUAGUUUUGGAAAAUACAGAGUGAACAAGUUUCGAUAUCUUCAGAGUAACUGGGUGUGAGGUAGGCUUUAUGUUUACAGUUCCUUCCCUGCAAUCCAGCUUUGAGGGUGUGGAUAGCAGUACAUUUUCUUCACUUUUUGCUAAAACAGCAUGGACUGUGCCUCAUAGUUCUUGUGACAGAUCCUAACUCCGUCAGUGACUCCUCACACCCAGUGCCUCUGAAUGAUUAGGCAAGCUGGAGCAUCUCAGGCAAGUCCGUUGCCUUGGCUGGAAUCUUCCAGAGCAGUGCCGCUGGGCAGCAACACUCGAGGGCCUUUGCUGUGGGUGUCCUGGCACUGAGCCUACAAUCAGUUAACCCUUCAAGUGAGUUCUGGCUGUGUUACCACGUAGGCCAAGUGUUUUCAGGGUCCCUCAGUCAUUCUCUGAUGUUUCUGAAAACAGGUGUCUCACCAUUGAUCCCCGUCUCUACUUCACCAUCUCUGCUCCAGGCUCUCUGCAUGGGUGCUAGAAAUAAAACCACACUUUCGUACUUGCACUUAACUAUCCUACCAUCUCCUGUACCACCUUUUUUAACAUAAGGAACCCGAAGAGAACUAUCCUCCCAUCUCCUGUACCAUCUUUUUUAACAUAAGGAACCCGAAGAAAAACAAAGAGCCUACUAGUUUUGUAGGUCCCCCUGACGUAACCUAAGAUUCAUGAUUCACAGCCUGGGCCCUGAAGCCAUUACCACAUGAAUUUAAGGUCAAGAUAAGUCAGGUAUGACAUGGCUCACAUGUAAUUCCAGCACUUGGGGGGCUGAGGCAGAAUGAGUUCAAAGCCAGCCUGGACUAUGUAUAGUUAGAUCUGGCUCUAUUUAAAAGGCCAAAGGCUAAAUCCAAAAGGGCUGAAAGGCUCUACAGUCAGCCACAGGUACAUGCUUGAACUGACCACCAGAGGGCAGUCUGUUCCUAGCUUAAGGCUGUAUGGCAUCUCUCACCCCAGCCAAAAGGAUGUGGGAUUCUAAGGGUGAGGACCAGAGAAGCUUUAGGGAUGAGUUGUCAGCUACAGCAGUGCUACUACGAGUGGGGAAGCACUUCAGCCAUGCCUGUGACUGCACAAGGUGGUGUUCACAGGCAAAGGAACUUUGCAUCUUUUGAAGGCUACGUUGAGGCCUAUUUGCCCCUUCCUUCUCCACUUGUAUGGCAAGAAGGCAUACAGCCAUGGUCUAGAGCCUACCCUAGAUCAGGUUUAAAGGGAUCUUUGUAUCUGUAUUUGCAAACCAGAGAGGACAGGAUGGCCAGCUUCCGGGCCCUACAGUGGGAAGAGUGUACUGAGAUGUAGGGCAAAGUCUAGGUUCUAUACUAGGCCAGAAAAGACUGUGCCACCUACCUGAGUCAAACCGGAUUUCAAAAUAAAGAGGUUAAGCCAGCACGACAUACCUUUUAGAUUUUUAUUAUUAGUUCUCUGAAGAAUCAAAAUAGUUAGCAAAUUACUUUUGAUUCAAGACUGUAUUAUAUCCUUUGUAUUUAAAUCUUUAAUGGAGUAAAACAUAAUACAAACAAAAGAGACUGGUUUCUAUGCCUAAGUUACUCAUUGUGUCAUCCUAAAGUAGGGCUGGAGGAGGCCAUUCAAGAACUGGGGUAGUGCUGAGUGACAAGUCAUGGCCUUUUUCUCACCAGUGUGCUGGGAAGGGGCCAAGGGUUACUCAAACUGACAAGAGCUUCCUAGCACAGGGGCUCCAAUACCCUCGGCAGCAGAGGAUUAUGGUCUAAGCCAAAAAUAAUAAUAAUUAAUAAUAAUAAACAGUCUGAACAGGGGCACAUGGUU